AUUGAGAAAAUAAAGAGACCAACAAGACCAUAACUUUUUAGUUUUUGUUUGAUACAGUUGGAAACAAGGAAAAACCAACGUGGUUCAUCAACGAUCGCAUGACGGCCGACGGGCUUAACGAGCACGCAGCUACACACCUAGAAAGAGACUCCUACAUGGAAAUGAGAUUGUUCGUAGCCCCAUAAGUUGCGAACGAGCUGCGAAUCCUUUCACAGCAAGGAAAAACAUCACCAUGGCAAUGGCUGCUGUGGUCGCUCCGUCGUCUUCGUCUUCCUCUUCCUCUUCUCAUCUACGCCAAGCUCUGCCACUAAAGAGCCCUCCACUCUCUCGCAAUUUCCAUCUCCCCCAGUCAUUUCGCCCCCGCCGCCUGCUUGCCUCCACCACAAUUCGCGCCGUCGCCGUCGAACAGGAAUCAAGAGCACAACUUGGUCCAAAUGAGUAUGUCGAUGUAUUCGCCUGCCCAGUGUGUUAUGAACCUCUGAUAAGAAAAGGCCCUUCUGGUUUUAACUUGGCAGCAAUCUACCGUUCGGGCUUCAAGUGUGCAAACUGCAACAAAACGUAUUCUAGCAAGGACAACUACCUUGAUCUUACGGUUACUGCUGGAAUGAAGAGUUACACUGAAGCCAUGCCAAUGGGGACUGAGCUUUUCAGGAGUCCCCUUGUUUCAUUCUUGUAUGAGCGAGGGUGGCGUCAAAGUUUUGACAGAAGUGGGUUUCCUGGUCCAGAUGAAGAGGUUUGUCUGAUCUUCUUAGUUCAACUUGCUCCUUGAUCAUCACUAGCUCUAGUGAAAGAAACUGUAUUGACAUUCUGUUUUGGAUGUCUCUUUAUGAAAACCGUGUAUUGAAGCGGAUUCAUUUCACGAUUACUUUUUGGCAAUGCAGUUCAAAAUGGCUCAGGAGUACUUCAAACCAGCAGAAGGUGGCCUUCUAGUUGAUGUCAGCUGUGGCAGUGGUUUGUUUUCCAGGAAGUUUGCCAAAUCUGGGACCUAUUCUAAAGUUGUUGCACUUGAUUUUUCUGAAAACAUGCUCCGCCAGAGUUAUGAUUUCAUAAAGGCAGAAGGCACUAUCUCAGAUGCAAAUCUGGCGUUGGUGAGAGCAGAUGUUUCAAGGCUCCCAUUCGCCUCAGGUUCAGUCGAUGCUGUUCAUGCCGGUGCUGCCUUGCAUUGCUGGCCAGCUCCUUCCAAUGCUAUUUCUGAAAUAUGUCGUGUAUUGAGGAGCGGCGGAAUCUUUGUUGGAACCACUUUUCUUCGUUACACUUCUUCGACACCAGUAAUAGCACGUCCUCUCAGACAGCAAUUUCUGGCAAGGUACAAUUACUUCAUAGAAGAGGAAAUCGAAGACUUGUGCAAGUCCUGUGGUCUUACAAACUACACCAUGAAAGUUCAACGAUCGUUCAUCAUGUUCUCAGCUCAGAAACCCUGAUCAGCAGGUUUAGAUCCAAUCCCAUACCAUACUCUGUAAGUUGCCUUAUUGUAUAUCAGUUCACUGUAUAGACAUCUCAAACGAACGAAACCCGGAACAGGCAAUCCCUGAAGACAUACACAAACAUCAUAACUGUAUAAUUACCAUUAAUCAAAGUUUGCAACUUUGUCACACCAUGUCACUAGAUGGUUCCUCAGAAUAACAGGAUUAGUUUACUACUCCACAGAUUAACAACAUUAUCAUUGAUCAUGGGGGUUGCAAAAGGCCAUUCACACCAGCCUUCUGCUGUUCUGCAACAAACCAAAUGUCAGAGGGGGUGAGAAAUAAUCAUUCUAAUCAUAUGUCUCCAGCACCGGCCAGAAACCGGUGGGCGGCUUAGCAAUACCAAAAACUUUCAACCCAAGAAUCAAUAUGAGAAACCAUGAUUGCAGCCUUCUUCAUUAUAUGUUUUAUAAGCUAUGCAUUCAACUGGAUACUGUUCUUCCUUUUUCUUUUCCAUCUUUCACACUCCUGUGGUUGAGAUUCAUCAGUAAAAACAUGUUCUUGGAAUUGAGAUUGCUGCAAAUUCACAUGAUGAGUGGGGAAGGGAGAGGGGC